GUUACCAUCUGACGUCGUUUUAGGCUAUGAGCAGCGCGUCAUAUGCGUCGUGGGCCAAGUUCGACGUGGAAAAGGAGCUUGAGCGCGUGGACCAGUUAGAGCAGCGUGAGGAGCAACUCAAGAAGCAGCAGAAGCAGCAUCAGGCCAAGGAGAGCGUCGAAACUUCGGCCACGCAGGCGGCACAGCAGUCUGCGGAAAUCCUGUCGGCUCAAGCUGCAGUUGCCGCUCUUAAGGCCAAGAAACGAGUGCGCAAAAGCCACAAAGAAGAUCACAGCAGCAACAGAGAGGCUGAUAAGGCGGAUAAGCUGCAGACUCAAGCUGCGCUCUUCAAUCAGAAGCACGAGCUACUGCAACAGAUUCUGGAGAACCGACGACUUGGAGAGAGAGCUGACAAGAAGCAGGCUAAGCCGCUGUUUGAGAAAGCUCUGGCGGCUAUUAAGAAACUGGAGGAGCUGGUACCGCAUCUUCUCAUAGUGGAGCAAGAGCAGCUUCAAUUACUCGGGAAGGAACCUCUUAAGUCGAAUCAAAGCGACAAGAGUCAUGACUGCAAGCACGAGGACAAGGAGAGCCACUCUUGUGGUACCAAUUGCAGUCACGAGAAGAAGAAAAAGACGAGGCCGGACGAGUCUCUGCCCAAAGAGAACGACCUGGAGGCAAUUAUUAAGAUGUUUUACAAGGACGUCUACUUGGGGAUUGGCUCUUGUGAUCUGGAGGAGGGGAGACUAGCUGCGGCCACUGAGGCGCUCAAGGAAGUUCUGAUACGAGAUGAUAUUCAUAUCACGGCGUGGUGGAAGAGGGGCGAAGCGUUUGAACGCAUGAACGCGCCAUUACUGGCGAUGCUUCACUACAACCGGAUCGCCACUUUGACAGACAGCCACACGAUCAAGGGUUUAGUAUCCGAAAUGACUGAGGAUCGGACGUCUAAACAAGUGCUCGAACGAGUCCAACGGACGUUUCAAGAGGCCAACGUGCUCGCGGUCGAGAACUUCUUCGACUACUCCACGACGAAGUAUGAAGUUGUUCUCAGCUGUGUGGAAGUGCUGCGCGCUCGACCGGAGUUCAGCUCGACCACGGAAGAUCAAGUGUCUUGCGUUCUUCGAGUGGUGCGUCUCGAGAUGUCGUGUCAUUUGAACAUUGCGAGCGGUUGCCUCGAGAUGCAGCGGAACUAUUCGAAAGGUUUAAAACACUGCGAGCAAGCACUUCAGUGUGAUAGCAACCAGGUGGCGACUCAUUUUCGAAAGGGGCAGCUGUACCACGCACUGCACAACUACGAGCACGCACUCGGCUGCUUCGAAACAGCAAGAGCUCUCGUACCUGUCGCUAUUGACAGUCAAGUCAACAAGCAAAUGCUAGCUACAAUCUCAAAAGAAACAGACAAGUGCGAGUUCGACCGUAGCCAAUACGACAUGGCGUAUCUUCGAGCUCUAAACACAUAA